AUUAGACAAGAGUCUAAAAAAGGUGAAUAGUCCAGCUGAACUCGCCACAGAUCAUGGAGCCCUGGAAGAGUCACGUGCGGGCAGAGCUGUUUCACAGAGACUGCAGGCAGAAAGAUCCUUUCUCUGGCCUGUUUGACAAGGUGUCCAGGCUGGAGGAGAUGCUGACUUUUCACGCGAAACCCAGGCAAGGCACGGACACAUGCAGAUCCAGAGAUAAUGGAAGCUCUGGAUGCCCAGAUGAAGGUGGCACCCUUUAUUUGAGAGUGAACGAGCUGGAAUUUCUUAAUCAGCAGCUCAAGCAGAAAAUCUCAGAUCUGACCAGCAAUAUAUACCUAAAGGAUGCCGAGUUACAAUACUGUCACUCACAAGUUGCCCGCUACAGGACCGAAGCGGUUGUAUUGGCCCAGGGGGCUCACUGUCUGAAGGCGGACCUACAGGAACACGAGUAUCAGCUGGAGUGUCAAUCAAAAGACCUGACUGCUCUGAGACUGGAUCACGGCUCGCUGAGAGAGCAGUUGAUGGCCGCCAACCUCCAGAACGAGCGGCUCCUCGACCGCUGGUUAGAGGAGAAGAAAGAGGAGGCUGAGAGGAUUAAUAAAUACAAUGCAACGCAAGAAAGGUGGCAACGUUUGGCAGGUCGCCUGAAGAAGCGGCAUCGAGUCAGAGCUCGCGCGGAGUGCGCGGCAGACAAACCGACGGACUACAAAACCCAGCGACCUCUUUCUUAGGACUUCAUCGUCCGUGAAUGUCUGUUUUUGUGC